CCCACUACAAAGAUGGAGGACGACAUGUCAGAUUUUAGCAGACCUCAAAUGUAUUUGUUUGGUUGCACUCUGAGGUCGGAUAAACGGGAGUUUAAAGUUGACCUGGAUGACGAAGAUACAGAACAACAGCUGUCACUCAAAGCAGUGUGUCUGGGGGCUGAAGCGGAGGACAAAUUCCACGUGGUGGAAGUCGAAGGGAUCGCAUAUGAUGCAAAAACCUCUAAAGUACCGAUAGCUGUCCUGAAACCAUCUGUCCUGCCGUCUAUGAAUUUAGGAGGGUUUGAGAUCACUCCCCCUGUUACCUUUCGUCUUGUCUCUGGUUCUGGUCCAGUUCACAUUAGUGGACAACAUUUUGUCAGUGUAAAAGGCUCAGAGGAUGAGGAGGAGGAGAACAACACAUCUCCAGUGAAACGGCCUGCAAACCAGCCCUUACUGAAGAAGACUCCGCAGAAAAAAUUUAAAAUAGAUUCUGAUGACGAGGAUGAUGAUGAUGACGAUGAAGAGGACAGUGAUGAAGAUGAAGAUGAUGAUGAUGAGAGUGAUGAAGAGGAUGUGAAGCCACAAAAGAAUGUGGCAAAAGCACUUCAAAAAAGCCCAGAGUUGAUUCCUAAAAAGCCCAACAAGACACCUGUGAAACAAAAUGGACCUGCAGAAAAAUCCUCUGGACCAGCAGCGAAACCCCAGAUUAAGACUCCUGGAAAACACAAAUCACAAGCAGGGCCGCCUAAGACAUUUACUCUGCCUGACAUCAAGAACAAGUUAUCAUCAGCAGCCAAGGAGGGAAAACCACUCCCGAAGACGGAGCAGAAGUUUGAGAAUUUUGUGAGGACGUCCUACAAAGUCACUGACAAGAAAGUGGUCAAGGAUCUCUGGAGUUUUCUGCAAACACUGAAGACUGAGAAGAAGUAACGAGCUUUUAUCAGGAAGAAUUUCUAGGCUUUUCUAAAGGCACAGUCUGCAAUGUUUCCUGCUUAACACAGAUAAAGACUACAGUCAUGAGGAUUGCAGAUAUUUAGUUAAGGUUGCUGCAAAGAUAAACAAUUAUGUUCUUUUUUUUGGGUUGCAAAGCACAUACCAUGUUUGUUCAUGCAUUCAUUUGUUGGUUGACAUUUUGCUGAAAUCUUUUGAUAGGUAAGCUGAUCCAGAGCUCCUAUCGAGAUGCAAAGUGGAUUUGGUUGAGCAUCUCAUCAUGAAAAACGUACGUUUCUAACAUUUAACAGGCAACAAAUCCCACCUGCCCCGGGGAUGAAUUAUGUAAAGCAUAAUCUAAUUUCAAAGAUGAUGUUUAGAGAACAUAAAGGCAACAACUAAUUAAUUUCAUUCAUUUCAGGACUCACUACGUCAAAUACGCAGUAAAUUAGUGCAGCAUACAGUGCUAGAGCAAUCAGCAGGUCCAGAACAGCUUGGUUUGGAUCUCUGACACCAUGUGUCCUUCCUUAGUAAAUGAUACAAAUGGAAAAAUUGCACAUUGUGCCUUUUAAAUGCUUCAUUUGCAGCCAGAGCGACAUCUCUGAGUCUUAUUUUUGUGAAUGAGUAGUUUUCAUUCAUGCUAAAGACAUUUUCUAUCAAUUGUUCACUGACAGCUCAUGUCUUUUGUUUUUUAUCAUGCUUAUUUGAUUUUAUCGAGGAAUAUGUUUUUAGAUCUUACAAACAUAUUGUAGUAGUUUUACUUUUUAAAUGUAUCCAUCUAGCUAAAGCAAAGUCCACUGCUUUUUAAAUGAUCUCUCUACUAACCCAAAGGAUUAUCAUUUGAUCCAUACUCAAAACGAUCAAAAACUGUAAUGUGAAAAAUGAGUAAUGCCAGAACUUAUAAAAUCUGUAGAUCUGCAGUAAUGUGUGCAGCUCAUAUCUAAUAAACAGUUGAGAAGCUUGUUUCAAGAUGUUUUCAGCAGAAGUCAAUUUGACAUUUCUUUGUUUAUCCUUCAUAAUUUUUUGUACUUUAAUAUUAAUCCUGAAUACAUGUCAAAACAAUUGUUUUGGUUGAUUAUCAUUUAUUGCAAAAAAAAUAAAAAAUAUGCUACCCAAGGCAGUAACCAGAAGUUCAGCCAGUGUUUAAUGGAUAUCAGAAUAAGCAAAAUUUUUUAGAUAAUUUUAUGAAGAUAUAUUGAGGCAGUAUAAAUCCAGAAUAUUCUCCUGUCAAAUAUGCCAGUGUAAUAAUAAUUCUGUGAUCUUGUAUAAUUCAAAUGUCUGUGAAAGGUUUUGGUUUCAGUUGAAUAUUUUGUAGUUAGUGAUGUUUUCAACUGGUCAGUGUCAUUUACAUGACUUUGAUAACUUACCCAAAGCCAGGAUCAGAUGUUUCCUUGUGCUUAGUUGGAAAACUCGUAUUACUGUUUUUAAUUAAGCUCAUCAAAUCUUUUCUGUACAUAAAUCUCUUACUUUUAUUUGCAUAUUUGGCAGCUGAACAGUUUUGUUCUCCUAUUUUCCCCAAAGCUUUCCAAAAAGAUUCAUAAAUCUUGAUAGUGUUCUUUAUUUCAAGUUAUGUUGCAGUUUCAUUUGAAAGUGUUUAGUGUAAGCUCUUCUUUUUUUUUUUUUGGCUGUCCUUUUCACCUCUAAUCUGUCACGUUUUGAUUUUUAUGAUUAUGAUUAUUUUUGAGUGAUGCUGGAAUAUGUUCAAAUAAACACAGAGGUUUUUCUCAAUA